AUGCCGUUCGUCGAAAUUCCUUCCCGAGAAGCAGACAGCGCCUUCGCCCAAAUCGCAAACGCAGCUCUAGAAGUCCUCUUGAAGCAGCUCACACUGGACGAAGAGGUCGCUCUUUUGACUGGCGACGACUUCUGGCACACGGUUGCAAUCCCGCGCCUGGGCAUCCCGUCGAUUCGACUAUCCGAUGACCCGAAUGGUGUCAGGGGACACGCUUCUUCGGCAGUGUCCCGGCGGCCGGUAGAGGUUUGGGGGGGGUGGUUUGUUGCGGAUAAUGCCAAGGCGAAAGGUGCCCAUGUCAUCCUUGGUCCAACAAUCAUUAUCCAGCGAGGGCCGUUGGGCGGUAGGGGCUUUGAGUCGUACUCCGAAGAUCCCCUUCUUGCAGGCUUCAUGGCUGGCCACUAUUGCAAGGGACUGCAGCAGAAGAACAUCAGUGCCACUCUUAAGCACUUUGUGUGCAACGACCAGGAACACGAGCGCACGGCAGUCAACUCCAUCGUCACGGACCGGACCAUGAGAGAGGUCCGCCUGCUUCUUUUCAUGCUUGCGAUCGGGGUGGAGAAGCCAGACGCGAUCAUGACGGCCUACAACAAGGGGAAUGGGAUCCACACCUCCGAAAGCCCAGAGCCCUUGCAGGAUAUCCUGCGGAGUGAAUGGGGCUGGAAUGGACAGUUUGGCACCUACAGCACAUCGGAAGCUGUCCAGGCAGGCCUGGAUCUGGAGAUGCCCGGACCAUUUAGAUGGCGCGGCAGUGCUCGCGCCCACGCAGUCACCGCAAACAAAGUGUCCACAGCCACAUUGAAUGCUCGCGGGAGCUGUUCUGAAGCUCGCAAACGUCUGCGCACUGGCGACGGACAGACGGGUUUCACUCUCAAGAUCUUCAAUGACCCGUCAACAAUUCUUACCCGAGAACCGUUGGACGUCAGACAUGAAACGGACGCUCAGGUUCUCUUCCUGGACUACAACCAUCCUGGCCUGCAACCAGUAUGGUAUGCUGAAGCCGAGGGUGACUUCGUCCCUGAAGAGUCCGGACGGUACGACUUCGGUCGGUCUCUGCGUCCGUGGCACCGGAAAGCUGCAGAUCCUACAAGGUCCAAGUACAGUGGGGGUGCCAAGACGGUCAAGUUCAAGAUCCCUGGUGUGGUAGACUUCGGGCACGGCGGCUUUAGAUUCGGCGCGUGCAAGCAGCUGUCCCCCGAGGGCCGGAUCGAACAGGCAGUCAAAUUGGCUGCAAGCGUAGACCUGUUGGUCGGCGUUGCCGGUCUGAGCGCAGAAUGGGAAUCAGAGGGCGAAGACCGAACCAGCAUGCGCCUGCUGCCUCAUACCGACGAUUUGAUUGCGCGAGUCCUCAAGGCCAACCCUGACACUGCUGUCUUACAUGCAUGGUAUGGAGGUUACGAGACGGGCAAUGGUCUAGCCGAUGUCAUCUUUGGUGAUGUGAACCCGUCUAGUAAACUGCCAUUGACCUUCCCCCGCCGUCUGAAAGACAACCUCACAUACUUCAACUUCAGCUCCGAAGUUGGUCGAGUGCUCUGUGGAGAAGACGUACACGUUGGAUACAUAUUCUAUGACGCAGCAGAGAUCGAGCCCUGUUUCCUUCCGGACAUGGCCUGUCUUAUACCACCUUCGAGCUGUCGGACUUGGGCCUGGAGAGGAUCGCAAGAGGAAGUAGUCACCAUCCCACUUGAUCUGGUCCGCGCGACAAGUUCCUGGGAUGAGCGUAGCAAUGCCUGGUGCAGCCACUGUGGGACAUAUCGUAUCCUGGUCGGCACCAGUAGCCGUGGGAAGUUCCCGGAAGGUACCAUUGAGAUGGAAGAAACGACGUUCUGGUCAGGAAUUUGA